CAAAAGAGUUCCAAGUAUAGCGAGGUUCGGCUCCCCCUUUCAAUCGCGCAAGAUUAUUCCCUACAGUCAGCGAGCGCAGCGGCAAUAUCGCGGGCGAAUUAGUUCUCAACUCCGCCUGGACUUACAGUGCGCAGGGUGGAUGCGGACUUUAUACGGUUUUGUCAACUGCUGAUGGCUGUUUGCACCGCUGCUGGCAAACACACAUUCCGCCAGGCCUCUCCAUAUAAAAUUUAUACAUGCCCCGCGCUCUCCUCGCGGCAGAUAAUCCUAGACGUGUAUUAUAAAGGCUUUAGUUAGUUAGUGGGCAAGGAGACUUGUUGCAGUGCACAUCUUUCGCUGCGGCCAACUGCUGGAGAUUAUCCUUCGCGGCGCAGUCAGCCAGCUUUUUGCUCUCGGUGUGCCUUGCGUCACCACACACUGAAAAAUAUAUUUUUUAUCUCUCGAGUGCCUACGUCUGUGCCAGGCCACUUUUAUAUAUGUGUGACACGAUCGUAAUUGCAAGGAUUUGAUCUGGUCCGCAGCUUCUUAUAGAUCACAAGCAAUGAAGCUCCGCAACUUUGCGGUGAUGGCCCUGCUCUUGGGCGCAGCUGCUCUCGCCUCGGCCGACUACCCCACGGCCACACCUUUGAGUUUCAUCCCCAAAAAUGAAACCUGCCCUGCUGGAUGCAUGUGUGUUGAGAAAGACGAAAUGCUGGAGGUGGUGUGCCCUACUGAAGAGACUAUUGACAGAAUAAACGGCGCUGCGCCGAGAGAUGUUGACCCUGCUGACGUAGUUGACGUCGAGUCUUUCAUGGCCUCGGAAAACAAUGAAAAAAGUGCACGUCUUGCUGACGAUGACUUUCAUCUGGUAGAAGACAAACCGACUGAAGAACAGGUCUCCGCAGGUGAUUCAAAUGCUAAGCCAGAUGUGCCCGCGAUCUCUGAAGAGCCUUUAAAUUUCCUUGCUAGUGAAGAAGAAGUCAAAACUGAGAAAAAGGCUGAACCUAGUGAAGUUCAUGAUGGUGCAGCAGAGGAAGUGUCUGAGAAUAACAUUGCCGCUGACGAUGACUUUCAUUUGGUAGAAGACAAACCAACCGAAGCACCGGUCUACAUCGAGAAAUCAAGUGCUACUCCAGAUGUACCCGCCAUCUCUGAAGAGCCAUUAGAUUUCCUUAGCAGCGAAGAAGAAAUAAAAACAGAAGAAAAAAUUGAGCCUAGUGCACUUCUUAGUGAGGCUGUGGCCGAAGAAUUCAAAGUUUCAAAAAAUAAAACGACAACUGAGGAUGACGAUUUCAAUUUAAAGCCUGACCCCAUUGACGAGGGUUUCAUGUUGAGUGACCAGCCAGUUGAAGACCUUGAUGAGGAGGAAAAUGUGACGGAACAAGAGUUGGGUAAAGUGGAAGACAAUUCGAAGUUCAGCGAAGACGUUGAUCAAAACCUGGACGUAUCACCGUCCCCUGCGCCUACAGAAAAGUCUGAAGUCAUUGAAAGUAAACCAGUUGCUACAAAUGAGCAAGAGGUCGAUUCCUCUGCAUUGCCCUCCUCUCCGGUACCAAAGGAGGAGCCAUUGAAUUUUUCGGCGGAAAAGUCUGAAGAGGAGGAGAAGCCCUCAACGGCUGCAGAGAUAGCAGUGAGCCCAAGCCCAGUGCCCGAAGCUGUUGACGACAGCUUCAAUUUGAAGCCUGAUCAAAAGGAGGAGGAGGAGGUUAUUGCGGAAGACUAUUCUGAAGAGGAUGAGUCUCCUACAGCCACUUCUGCAAGUCCACAAGAAGUACCUGAUGACCAAAAACCAACUUCGGAAAACCCAAACCCUCUGGUCCAGUCUAAAGAAUCUGAAAGUUUGGAAAACGAGUCUGGUGAAAACAUUACUGCGGUUGGAAUAAAUCCUAAAAAUAUUGCGUCCGGACAGGUGGACUUGACCUCCAACAACCUGAUCAUGGCUGGAGACGUUGAAUUGAAUGGAAAGUUCCAAAGUGAUGAGACAGCUACUGGCGCGACCGAGGCUCCUGAGCAGUCCACGACCUCUUGGGUCAUUCUAGGACUGAUUCUAGCCAUGUUCGUUGGCGUUCUUCUUUAUGCUGGCCUCAAGGGUCGAAUGGAAAGUGGCCAGGAAAAUGUACCGAAAAUCUCAAUCAGCAACAACGUGCCCGAAUUUACAAAAAACCGAAAGCCCAGUGGCGAGGAAGGAACGGAACUAAAGGAAAUGUCCAAGGCCCUCCUGAGCUCGCCCGGCUCACCUCUGGAAGAUCGCGUUUCUCGGUACAUCGACGAAGAAUGUGAUGACGAGCAAAUCAAAAAGUUUAUUGCCCAAAAGGAGCGGGAUGAAAUCCUCGAGCAGGUCGUCGUCGAUCCGCAGAAUCCGCGUCCGGUCAACAACGCCGUUGAAAAGCCUCCUCGCAAAUUCACCCACGUGCCAUCGGUGUCUGACGAUGUGGCAGGUUCAUCUCCAAAUUCUCCGACCCUGGUUCAUGCAAAGAUGGUGGACAUGUCACCGCAGCUGCCUCGCUUCAUCACCAACGGAACUGCGUCAAAUCCAUUUGGAGAUGAUAAUUAGGAGUGUUAUCAUUUGAUUGAUUUUCCAAAAAAUGUACAAGUGAGUCGCGAGUAUCAAAUAAUUAGACAAAAAAUAAUUUAAAUUUUAGUUCAUUUCAACACCGACUGCAUCAAAAGAAAAAGCUUAUAUUUUAUGUUCAUUUUAAUGGUAUUAAAUUCUAACCUAAUUUACGCUAUUUACUUAAAUCAAUUCAACCACAAGAAGGGGUUUGCAUAACACACAAAUUUAAUUUAGGCAGCCGCGAGUGGCAGGUGUGUUGCGCCAGUUGCCUACAUUCAGUGAACAUGUAAGGCCAAUUAAUAUUGUUUGCACUUUUAUUCGCCAUGGCUAUUUUGAGUGGACUUGUGUAUGCACAAUUUACAGUAUGAUAUCAUCGUGUAAAUAAAGAGUGACUUUUUGAAAUUCA